AUGUCUACGCAGUAUCAGAGGGUCGACAACGGACUACCGUCGGAUACGGUUCCCACAGAUGAUUUUGCGCCGGCGAAAACGAAGGAUCCGAAGGAGCAGAUGGCUUCGAACAAAGCAGUGUCGCUCCUGUCAGCCGGAGUGAGGGCGCUCUUUCUCCAAUUACAGACAAUCUAUCUUCGGACGCCGGUCAAACUAUUCCGGCCUUCGCGGUUCGAUUAUAUGGUCUAUGUGCGGGAACAGGUGCGGCUCAAUCUGGACAUCUUAUCGAAACCGUAUCGGUUCCAUACGCAUUCCGGAUUGGCGCUCCUCACGCGCGUAUUGCGCGAGAAGGGCUGGAAAUUCAUCCCGGACCACAUUCUACCGCCGCUCUUGGCCAACCUGGCUACAGGCGUGAUCUUGUACGCAACCUACUUGACUACACUAGAUGCAUUCGAUAAGAGGCGACAUCAGGGCGAGCAAAAGCCGGCCAAUGGCGUGUACUCGCCGUUUGAUACCUGGCGCGCGGGCUUGAUUGCUGGUGCCGUGCAAUCGUUCGUGGCGGCGCCGCUUGAUGCGAUUUAUUCCCGUCUGACGUUAUCGGAUCGCUUUGAAGGGAAACACACGGGCUAUUGGGAGUAUGUAGCACACAAACUCAAGCAGAUUGGCGUGGUGGGUGUGUUCGCCGGUUUCGGCUUCUCGUUGGUGAAGGAGAGUCUAGGAUUCGCCUUCUAUUUCUCCACUUUCGAGCUUGUCAAGACGCGAGGCUACAACAUGACCUAUAACAUGAUCGAACGAUAUAGAAAGGUCAAGCGCUCGGUGAAAAAGACCUUGGGCUUUGCUUCUACAGAAGCCUUGGACCCGCAGCUUCUGAUGUUGGAAGAACGGCGUCUUACACGCAUUCUUCGAUCAACUUAUAUCCUUUUGGCUGGCGCAUCUGCCGCUGUUUCGCUCCUAGCAGUCCAGUAUCCGCUCUCCAAAGUCCAGCAAAUCCAUUUCGGCCGCUUGGAGCUCAUCGACGAGUUGAACGCGGUCUCUCACCACAAUAAGAAUUCAUUUCUUGGUCGGUUCUAUCCACAUUCCUACAUUGACACAUACAUUCGGGUUAAAGGCAUAAAAGAGAAAAGCGGGCUCUCGUGGAUCCGACUCGCUUACAAGGGUUUUGCCACCAAUGCGCUCACCAUGAUCCCGGCCACUUCGAUUGGUUUGUUAGUUUUCGAGAUUAUGAGAACGAAACUUACUGACGAGUUGGAGGAGAAGGCGCCCUUCGAAAACUAG